CCGUUAUGACCACUGCCACCGCUACAGUAACAACACUACCAGCACCCAACUUUUUAACUGAUAGUACAGUCAAUUCUGCUACGCUUGACUCCAUGAAUACAAAUUUGCUUAUAAAUUUAAUAACUACGACCACAGAAUCAACGAAUAACGAUUCUUCAUAUUGGGACCUUGGCUCUGACAAUGUCGAUUUUCUUUAUCGUCAUUCACUCAGUAUGACAAUUGUGUAUUGCAUAGCUUACUUAGUAGUGUUUCUAGUUGGAUUGAUUGGAAAUAGCUUUGUGAUUGCUGUAGUACUGCGUGCUCCACGUAUGCGUACGGUUACAAAUUAUUUUAUUGUCAAUUUGGCCAUUGCUGAUAUCCUUGUGAUUGUGUUUUGCCUGCCAGCGACACUGAUGAGCAACAUUUUUCUGAAAAGAUACUUAAAAGAUAAUGGUAAUCAACAAUCUUUUGUUGAAGCUCGGGCCUUGACACCAUACUUGUAA